AUGGCCAACUUUGCCAAGAGCAAGCGGAUCUGCAGCAAUUUCUUAGCCGGGAGACCUCGGGCAGCCAUCGGUUUCAAGAUGGACCACCACUUCAUCCUCUUUCAAUCUCGACGAGCUCUCCGCCAGCUUCAUCCUGGUCAUCAACAACAACCGGCAAUACCUAGCAAGCCGCAUCGGAAGUCGCAGUCCGCCAAUCGUAGCAGGCCAGGUCCAAGCCUCGGAUGCACAGAAAUAUUCCUUGGGACCGUCAUGCCCUCUGGACCCCGGAUCGCCCGGACAGUGGAGCAUGAGGUGGGUGGAGCUGGUGGUGGCGGCCAGUCAGGAGCAGCAGAUAAUGGCCAGGAGAUUAAGAGGAGAGAGGAGAAAGCAGAGAGGAGAAAAUGGAAGGGGCCACCGCCUGAACUCUUGAAGGGGCCAAGUAACAAAGGCCUAAGCCUAAGGCCUAAGGAGUCUUCAGUUUGUUAA